AUGCCACGGCCAAAACUGCCGCCCACUCCAACUGGCUCAUCUGACCUGAAAGCGCUGGAAAGCUUGAAGGCAUUUCAGGCUUCAGAGAUGGAAUCCAUCUUUGCCUUACCACCUCCAGCAAUCCGUUCAACCGACGCACAAUCCCAGAGCCACCAGAGCGGAAAGCCGUCACAUGCCCGAGACGCCGCACAUACCGUAGCGCUCACACAGAGCACUCCGCCAAUCUCGCCCCAGGACAAACCGCUCACUGCAAGUCCCCGACACAAAAGAACCUCUUCUGGAGUGGUCAAAUCAAACGUCGAAUCCGCUACUACUUCCUACGCUCUCCCUCCUCCUCCGAGUCGAGCCCGCAAGAUCAUCCAGAUGAAACCCAAGUCUCAGGCGACAAACAACUCCUCUCCGGCCAGUGACGCCAGCUACGUACCUCCCGCGUCGGCCGCGACCUCGACCACAUCCGCUCCCUCUCACAGAGCAUCGGCGACCUCAUCCAGUGGUGCAGCGUCCAAUGCCACUGCCACAAAUUCAAAGCGGAAACAACCCUCCGCCACAAGCGCCGCGGGCAGGAAAAUUGCCCGCAAGACUGCGCACAGCAUCAUCGAGCGCCGCAGGCGGAGUAAAAUGAAUGAAGAGUUUGGCGUUCUAAAGGACAUGAUACCUGCGUGUGAAGGCGUGGAGAUGCAUAAACUCGCCAUUCUGCAAGCGGGGAUCGAAUAUGUAAGAUACUUGGAGGGAUGCGUGGCGCAGUUGAAAGAGGAAAAUGCAAACUUGGGAGGCAAAGUGAGGUCGUCGACGAGUUCGAGAAUGCAGAUAGACGAACCGCCAGGUGAGGAUGAGGACUUGGACGAUGAAGAAGAAGACGACGAGCAAGACGAGGAUGAGGAACAAGACGAGGCUGUUGACGACGUGCCUGCUCCCGCAGCUCCACCGAUGAAGAUACGGACUCAUCGGCCCAGCGCCACGGCUGGGAGCGAAUGGGCAUUGCGAGACUCGCGCAAAUCCUCGGUCGCGUCGUUGAGCAGUUCUUCAGCAUACCCAUCCCCUCACAUCCACAGCCAAUCACACGGCGCAAUGGACGAAAUGGGUGGCAUGAGAAAGAGGCCUCUCUUGCCAGCGGGCGUGCAAUCCUUCACAUCCUCGCCUUCAAUCUCGGUGCACUCGGUAGGACUGGUCUCGUCGGCGACUCCGACUCCGACACUCCUGUCACCAGCGUUCAAUUCGAUACAUUUCUCGCCCGACCUGGCACGCACGCAAACCAACAGCAGCGUCGGAAAGUCUUCUAGUAGCGGCGUGCUGAACACGCCUUCGUCCUCAUGGGCCACGGUCAAUCCUUCGGGCAGUUGUUCCGGGUCGGUGGUGUCGAACCCAAGCCCAAACAUGCAGCCGCUGCCCUCGCCGAAAGCCGCCAUAAACCUACCAUUGCCGCACCCCGCGGUGGCGUCCUUGCAGCUGCAAUCCCAUUAUAGCGCUGCCAUCCAACGCGAACGCGAGGGCGGGAGUAAGUCGCCCGGGGCCAUGAGUGAUGCUUCGGGAACCGCCGAGGCCACAGCUAGUGCGGCCCUGAUGAUGUUGACGAACGAGUGGAGAGGUGGCGGACGGAUGGACGCGCCCGCGAGCGCGACUGCUCCGGCGGGCGUAGGUGUGAGGGAAGACAGUAAAGAUCGAGGCAAGGGCAUGAGCGUGAGAGAUUUGCUGAGUUCAUGA